UCCUCCUCCUCCUCCUCCCAGGCGCCCGCCCGCCCCGGUCCCGUAACCGUCGCCGUUGAGCCCCCAUCCACGUUGCGUUUUUCGGGCGCGUCAGGCGGAACGCAUGAAGCGCCGCUAGCGUGUCCAGGCCUUCAAACGCAGCACAACCCCGGCCGGCCGCCGGUUGCUUGCCCGGCCUACCGCUUGGCGCGCGGAUUCUCUCCUGCUCAUCCUGCCUGCCUCCCGCGCGGCUCCGGUCCGCCGGCCCGACGACGACGCUGUGCGUGGCGUGGCGUGGCGUGGCGUAUCUUUCGGUUUGGAUCUCCGAGACCGAUCAGGGAGUAGGUGGGAGCCGGCCUCGUCACGGUUAGCUUCCCGUGACAUAUGCACUGUCCUCUUUUCCGACCGUUGAACGCACACCUGAUCGAGUUGGUGUCUGGUGGUCUCGGAGUUGUUUACCGGGUCGGAACUCGAUCAGAUCGGUGCCUGCGUGCGUGGCCUCUAUAUAAACCCACGGCCGCGCGGCCUGACGCUCCAUCGCCUACACGUCGAAACAAGUCGAGAGAGAUAGACAUCUUGUCACGCUGGUGAUCGGCGAUCGUCGUCCGUCCUCGCUCCGUCGCUAGCUGACAUGGCCGACGAGCCAAGAACGACGGCGGCGGCGACGCCGAGCAGCAGGAUGCCGGACUUCAAGCAGUCGGUGAAGCUCAAGUACGUGAAGCUUGGGUACCACCACCUGAUCAGCCACGGCGCGUACCUGCUGCUGGCGCCGCUGCCGGGGCUGGUGGCGGCGCACCUGUCCACCUUCACGCUGCGUGACCUGGCGGACCUGUGGCAGAGCCUGCAGUACAACCUGGUGUCCGUGCUCGUCUGCACCACGGUGCUGGUGGUGGUGGCCACGGCCUACGCGCUGACGCGGCCGCGGCCCGUGUACCUGGUGGACUUCGCGUGCUACAAGCCCGACGACGAGCGCAAGUGCAGCCGCGCGCGGUUCAUGAACUGCACCGAGUCGCUGGGCACCUUCACGCCGGAGAACAUCGAGUUCCAGCGCCGGAUCAUCGAGCGGUCGGGGCUCGGCGAGGACACGUACCUCCCGGAGGCGGUGCUCAACAUCCCGCCCAACCCGUCCAUGGCCAACGCGCGGAAGGAGGCCGAGAUGGUCAUGUUCGGCGCGCUGGACGAGCUGUUCGCCAAGACGGGCGUGCGGCCCAAGGACGUGGGCGUGCUGGUGGUGAACUGCAGCCUCUUCAACCCGACGCCGUCGCUGUCCGCCAUGGUCGUCAACCACUACAAGCUCCGGGGCAACAUCGCGAGCUACAACCUCGGCGGGAUGGGCUGCAGCGCGGGGCUCAUCGCCGUCGACCUCGCCAGGGACCUGCUGCAGUGCCACCGGGACACGUACGCCGUGGUGAUCAGCAUGGAGAACAUCACCCUCAACUGGUACUUCGGCAACGACCGCUCCAUGCUGGUGUCCAACUGCCUGUUCCGCAUGGGCGGCGCCGCGCUCCUGCUGUCGAACCGCGGCUCGGCGCGGCGACGGUCCAAGUACCAGCUGGUGCACACGGUGCGCACGCACAGGGCCGCCGACGACCGCUGCUUCGGCUGCGUGUGGCAGCGGGAGGACGGGGAGGGGAAAGUGGGCGUGUCGCUGUCCAAGGAGCUCAUGGCCGUGGCCGGGGACGCGCUCAAGACCAACAUCACGACGCUCGGCCCGCUCGUGCUGCCCAUGUCGGAGCAGCUGCUCUUCUUCGCCACGCUCGUCGCGCGCAAGGUGCUGAAGCGCAAGGUGAAGCCCUACAUCCCGGACUUCAAGCUGGCGUUCGAGCACUUCUGCAUCCACGCGGGCGGGCGGGCGGUGCUGGACGAGCUGGAGAAGAACCUCAAGCUCACGGACUGGCACAUGGAGCCGUCCAGGAUGACGCUGCACCGGUUCGGCAACACCUCCAGCAGCUCGCUCUGGUACGAGCUCGCCUACGCCGAGGCCAAGGGACGGAUCAAGAAGGGCGACCGCACCUGGCAGAUCGCCUUCGGCUCCGGGUUCAAGUGCAACAGCGCCGUGUGGAAGGCGCUCCGGUCGGUGAACCCAGCCAAGGAGAAAGGCAUGAGGAACAACCCCUGGAGGGACGACAUCGACAGGUACCCCGUCGCCGUCCCCAAGGUGUCAGCUAUCUGAUGACUGAUUUGCAGCCCGCAGGCAUCGCCAAUUCGCCAUUGCCAUGCCUGUGUCUGUCUUUUGAUCCAAUCCAUCGGAUUAUUGUAGCAAAAGCCGUAGUAGAAUCAAUGUACACUAGGAGUGGAGUCGAUCGUUUUGUGUUACAUACGUACAAUUGUGAAUCGGCCGCCGGUCUGCUAGCUGUUACAUAUACAUGAUGUGUAUAUAAAAGUAUAGACGUAAAGUGCGUGCAUGCUUGCUUGCUUGAUAGGGGAAUAUACUGUAAUACGAGAGCUGCAAGCCUGUGCGGCCUCACUGCAGAACAGCCACGUGCUUGAGAUUUCUGUGACUGUGCAUUCAAGACAAGAACAAGGAAUAUCGUUUCAGCAACCAA